CAGGUGUCAACACGAAAGGAAGAAGUUCGUUUUUCCCGACAGCAAGUAAGCACGCAUUCUCAGGCAUCUUUUAGCCACUCUCUGCUGGAAAACAGUCAGUUUAAUUGUAAGAGUUUUCAGUCGAUUAUAUCAAGAAGCGCGCAAAUUCUUCAACCUUCUCACGGAAACCGAAAGAUUUCACAAAUAUUGUUGUGUGCAAUAUUAUAAGAAACAUAAUGAAUAUAACAUGCCGAAUGAGGUGGUUAAUCGACGGUGUUCCCAGACCCAUGUCAAAAAAAUCGACCGUGAGGAUCGGCACGCACGACAGGCAUUUCCAUUGUUCUGAGGUUCUCGCCUGCGCACUGUUAAAACUGCUGCCACAGUAUAAAGAUGCGUCUAUAGUUAGAUCUGAAGAUAAAAGUAUCUUAGAUACCUGUGAUAUCGUGGUAGGUGUUGGCGGAGAAUAUAAUCCUUCCAGACGUCGAUAUGAUCAUAACACGAGAGAAUUCCAAGAAUGGAUGAAUAUCGUUAUAAGGGAACCAGAACAUCAUCGCAAAGUAAAACUAACAAGUGCGGGACUGAUCUACUACCAAUUCGGUCGUGAGAUAUUGAAAAAUGUACUUUCGGACGUAACAGAGGACAUAAUUAUUAAUAAAAUGUUUGCGUUUAUUUAUGCGAAAUUAAUCAGGGAAAUCGAUUUUAUGGAUGAGCACAAGUGUAAAUUAGAAUCAUAUACUGAUUUAAGUGCGCGCGUAUGCAGACUAAAUCCUUUGUGGGAUAGCCAGGAUGAGAAAAAAGACAAACAGUUUGAAAAAGCUAUGGCUUUGGUUCGGAAGGAAUUUUUGGACAUUGUAAAAGACGCAAGAAACAUUCGGUUACCGUCAAUGGACAUCGUGCGACACGCUGUGGAGAAUCGAUUCAAAGUCGAUCCGAGCGGAGAGAUAAUAAUGUUGUCGAAAGUUAUAACGUAUGAAGACUAUCUGUUUAAACUAGAAAAGGACCUGAACGUGUCGCCCUCAAUAAAAUAUGUCAUUUGGAAGACUGGAAACAUUUAUUGUAUUGGCUGUGUCCAGGAAUAUUACGUGUACAGAAUGUUAUUUCCGAAAGCGUGGGGUGGUUUGAGCCAUGAUACCCUUGUGAAAGCCUGUGGAAUUGAAGGCGCUCUACAUGUACAUCCCGAUUGUUACGUCGGCGGUCACGAAACCGAGGGCGGCGCGGUUGCCAUGGCGCGGAAAGCACUCGAGAUUCGGAAAACUGUGCAAGGUGUAGCAGAAUGAUGAUGUCUAGAACAUUGAUUUUUUUGUAGAAUUUUUAUGACGGUUACUGAACAUUUUUUUAAAACUUUUUUUGUACUUAAAUGCAACUCGAUCAUGUACAUUUUUUUUACACUCAUGGAACUUCACAGUAUAAGAAAAUCAUUUCAUCUUUUGAAUUGUCGUGCGUCAAAUGCUUGUGAAUAUGUUCAAUAAGGACGAACUAUAUACUGCACACACUUAUUCCAGAAAUUAUUU